AGUCCCUUUUGUUAAACCUUCCCUUGAUGAUCACAUGGGGCAGCGGGGAUUACAGGUGCCAAGAGUGAAAACCAGGAGGGGAAAGAGUCUGGGGACUAGAGAGGGUGGGGUACGGGGCUGCCACGCUAGGUGAACAGUGAUUUUUGAACAGAAGGGGUGGGGGUGGGGCUGGUAAGGUCCUUCCUUUUGGGGAGAAGAUGGGGUAGGAGAAGGGAAGGAAAGCUAUUUAAUGUCUUAAGAAACUAGUUAAAAAUUCCUUUCCUGUUGGAGACCAGUGUAGGAAGAAGCAUCCUUAUUCCCCCUAGAAUACUUCUCUUUCUAGGUAUUAUCUCUAGUUGGAGUUUGUAAGUUAAACAAGUGUAGUGGGGCUGCCUACAUUCUGUUCAUGUGUAAACAGCAUGGUUAAGAACUGAGGUUGGUGCUCUGAGUGGGGGGUGGGAGUUGCUUUGUUCCAUUUUGAAGGAAAUGUAAGCCAGCCUAAAUAUGAUGACAGGAUUAAGUUUGGCAGGCAACUCUUUGUAUUUUGUAUUAGACUUCAAAAAUCUUUUCUUCUUCUUCUUCUUUUUGUUUUUUUGUUUUUUUUUAAAUCCAGGAGAAUGCUUUAUUUCAACUUUUAGCUGACUAGAUGCUUAACUUAGUAACAAGUUUAGCCUAGCUAAAAGCAAAUCGGCUUGUUUCUCAGAUCUAUGGGGGAUAGCAAGAAACAUUUGAGUGAAUGUUGUUGAAGAUUGUCAGUAGUAUAGAAAAUGAUGGCGCUCUUGUGAUAUUUGUAAGUACAAGCAAGGAUUUGGCACAGACAUCCUAUUUCAUGGCUACCAACAGUUUGCAUCUUACGACCUUCUGUCUCCAGUACAAACCCACGGUCAUAGCAUGUGUGUGCAUUCAUUUGGCUUGCAAAUGGUCCAAUUGGGAGAUCCCUGUGUCAACGGAUGGAAAGCACUGGUGGGAAUAUGUGGACCCUACAGUUACCCUAGAGCUGCUAGAUGAGCUAACACAUGAGUUUCUACAAAUAUUGGAGAAAACGCCUAGUAGGUUGAAGAGGAUUCGAAACUGGAGGGCUAUGGCUAAGAAACCAAAAGUAGAUGGACCAGCAUCAGAGACACCACUGCUCGGUCCAUCUCUGGUCCAGAAUUCCCUGUUAGUAGAUAGUGUCACUGGUGGGCCUGCCAACCCAAGUUUCCAGAAACCUUCAACAUCAACCUUCCCUGCUCCAGUACCUCUAAGUUCGGGAAGUACUUGUGUUCAGGACAGCCGUGCAUCAGAUAGUUUGUCAGUACUGGCAGCAGGAAUGCCCAGUACCUCAUACAGUUUGUCCUCAUCACACCAAGAAUGGCCUCAGCAUCCGGAUUCAGCCAGGACAGACCCUGUAUACACUCAGAAACAGGAGGCCACUCUCUCUGGGAGCCAGUACCUCAGCUUCCAGCAGGGACCUUCAAUGACACUGCAUUCAGGAUUGCAUCACAGGCCGGACAAAGUUGCUGAGCAUCCAUCGGCUAAGCAAGAAUACGCUCACAAAUCCGGGAGCAGCAAGCACCAUGGGCCCGUUCCUGCUGCUCCUGGAGCGGCUCCUCAGAAAAUGUCUUUAGAUAAGUACAGAGAAAAGCGGAAGCUGGAAACCCUUGACCUGGACACAAGGGAUCAUUACAUGGCUGCCCACGCAGAGCAGCAGCACAAACAUGGGCCAGCCCAGGCAGUCGCAGGCAGCUCUGUCACUUCUCCCAUUAAAAUGAAACUUCCCAUCGCCAACUCCGACAAACCUGAGAGAAGCAUGGCCGAGAAAAAGGAAAAGAGUGGAUCGCUGAAGUUACGGCUUCCCAUUCCACCGCCUGAUAAAGGUCCCAGCAAAGAAGAGCUGAAGAUGAAGAUCAAAGUGUCGUCCUCCGAAAGACACAGCUCUUCGGACGAGGGCAGCGGCAAGAGCAAGCACUCGAGCCCACACAUCAGCAGAGACCACAAGGAGAAGCACAAGGAGCACCUUGCCAAUCGCCACCACAGCAGCCACAAGCAUUUGCACAUGCACAGCGGAGGAGGAGGAGGUGGAGGUGGAGGAGGAGGAGGCAGCAGCAGUGGCAGCCUUAAGCAUGCUGCUGAUGGGAUGCCACCCACUGUGCUGAGGAGUCCUGUAGGCCUGGGCCCAGAAGGCAUCUCCUCCAGCUCCAGUGCAAGGAAGAAGCUGCAUGUCAACGAUGCCUCCCACAACCACCACUCCAAAAUGAGCAAAAGUUCCAAAAGUUCAGGUAGUUCAUCUAGUUCUUCCUCUGUUAAGCAGUAUCUAUCCUCUCACAGCUCUGUUUUUAACCAUCCCUUACCCCCUCCUCCCCCUGUCACAUACCAGGUGGGCUACGGACAUCUCAGCACCCUCGUGAAACUGGACAAGAAACCAGUGGAGCCCCACGGUCCUGAGGCCAAUCACGAGUACAGUACAAGCAGCCAGCAUUUGGACUACAAAGACACAUUCGACAUGCUGGACUCGCUGCUAAGUGCCCAAGGAAUGAAUAUGUAAUCACUUGUUUAGGUCAACUCUUCCUUUCUUUUGAAUUUAAAAAUGGUUGGAAUGGAAGCUUCCUCCUGAUCCAGCAGUGGGGCCACUGCUUCCGUAUUUGUAAGUGCUGCUUUAUUCUUCCCUCUGAAAAGAAGAGAUGAUAGGAAACAAGUCUGUCUCCACACACGAUAGUGUUACCAGUCCUGUAAACGCAUGGAAGAUGCAGCUAAGAACAUUAGGAUGAAUGGCUGGCUGCUGCUAGGAUUCUAAGCUGCCUCAAGCUUUUGUUAUUUAUGAUUUGAAUACUGUAGCUGUUUUUUUGUUGUUGCUUGGCUUUGAAUGAGUGUCAACUGUUUUCUUUUGUGUAUUUAUACUUGUAUGUAUGGUUUGCAUGUCUCAGUGAUAAAGGGAUAAAACAGUAUACUGACAACUGUUUACAAGAAAGUGGAGAAAAAAAUGUACAUACAUUUUUGUAUGUUUAGAUAUUACCAUAAAUACUCAGGAUCGGAGCUGCUUGUAAGUAUAACAAUAUACAGAAUAACUUUAUUUUCUCUCGUCAGAGUCCAUCACUAAUCUAAAACACAAGUGGCACUUUUUUAUGUUAACCUUAAACUCUAGGCCUUACUGGAAGCCGCUGAGGGGACACUUCACUACUAGGCGAGGAUGCGGUGCCACAGGUGGCCCUUAACACUGGGAAGUGCUCAGUUUGCCUUCAGAGGUUCUGACCAGAUUGGCUGCAGAAUCAGCCCCUGAUUUCUGAAGGCUGAAGAGGAAAAAAAAAAAAAUAAAGUUUACAUACACUUGAUGUGAAGUGCAUUUAAAUGUUUGUUGGCUUGUGCAGUGCUGGAGAAGAGCAGUUAAUAAUGGGGUUGAGGAUGACUGUGACUUAGCUCACAGGAACUCCCAGUGAAGAAUUUGUCCAUUUCUUCAAGAACUUUGACAUUACCGGUUUUAGCAGUGAACAGGGAUCUCUUUUCCUUUAACAUUUGCAGUGACACCAUAGUCUUGAAUAUACUCUUCCCAUGGAGAGAGAGUGAAUGAGUAUGUGAAAGUGAGAGAGAUACCGUAUUUCUUUUUCAGGUAAAUGCAGUCUUCCUUAUACAAAUGAAAUGAAACCUCUGCUCUCUUGAUUCUUUUAUAUUCUAACAAUAAAUAAAAAGAAAACAUUGCUGACUGUGCAUUGUACCUGUAUUUAUAGCUUAUGGUCAUUAUCAGGAAAAUAUAAGGAAAAAGGCCAGCCUCAGGCAAGCCCCUGCUGGAGGCUUUACAUUCGUUUGCACAUCUCAGUAGGUUCUUUCUCAUCGAGGUGAUGCUUGCACUGUCACCUGACGCCUGGUCAGGGGAUAGAUGGACUUGUCUACAUUUUGGUGUAAGCACCAAUAGUAUGGCUCUUGUCUCUUGCCUAAUCUUGAAUUUAUUUCUGUGGUAAGUCUUAGCUGUUGAGUCUCUUAAGAUGGGUCGGAUUCAACUUGUAUUGAAUCAUAGUUUUCCUCUGUAUAUGAACUGUUUUGUUAUAAAGCCACUGAUCUGUGCACAAUUGUAAUUUUAUUCAAGUAUGUUGUGGUUGUAAAUAUUAGAGUUGAGCCUUGUACUCUACUUUUAUUUAGCAAUUACCUAAUUUGCCAGUAGCUGUUUGUUUGUUUGUUUUUUAAAGAAAUUGUUGAUUAUUUUGUCAAUGUUAUUUGAACUUGGGAUGUCAGGAGCCUCUUUGUGGGAACUCAGCCUAGCAGGCUCAUCCUCACUCUGUUUUUGUCUUGCAUCAGUAAUCUGUUACUAUGUGAUUUUGUUGUUGUGUGGUAUACUAUUGUAUCAUAAACAUGGUGAUUCUGAUGCAGCUACAGUUUUACUGUGGAACAUAUUCAAAGACUAGCAUAGAAUUAAACAGUGCGAGGCGAGGGAGGGAAGGGUUUUGUUCUUGGUGAUUUAGAUGUGAAACCUCGACAGAGCAUCAUGUGAACUGACAUGGGGUGGUCAUGCUACUGUAUCAUUGGGAGUGAUGCCAGGAAUUUUAAUCAGCUUUUGUAAAGAGUAUCCAGAAAAGUAGUGAACUUAUUUUCAGUAUGACAUAGAAAACAAUGUGAAUAUUUAAGGUCUGGGACUAUAUAGUUAAACUUCACUAAGGAUUUUCAGAAAUGUGUUGGGGUUUUUGUUUUUGUUUUUGUUUUUGUUUUUUAAGAUAUGGGAAUAAAGGUAAUUUUGUUGAAUCUUACUGGUGCUAAUGACGGACAGUUAAACAGAUAGUGUAUAUGCUGUGGAUCAGUACACUUAGUACUUCCAGAAUUGACUUUGAAAUGCUAUGUAUUCACUUUUCACUCUGUAAAUGUAAUUCUUUACAAUGACUAUUUAUUAAAAGGCAGUCAGUCAUGAUUUUUA